GGCUGCGCGACUCUUCAGGAGCCAUUACGUCUGGUGACUGAGUUUGUCAAGUUUGGAGAUCUCCUCUCCUACCUCACCACCAUCAGGAGACUGGUGAGUGGUUCAAUUUGAGUAUCCUUACUAGCUGCACGUACAUGGAUAUUGAGUCUAAUGUAGAAUUCCGUGUAUUAUAGAUAAGUGGACAAAGUGAGAUGUUAGCUGUUGAGAUGUGUGAGACUGAUUCCAGCCACCCCUCUUCCUCCCUACCCAGCAAUGCAAGUCUUCCACUUACUAUCGACAACAACGCUGCAGCUGCUAUCAACAACCCACGCUCUAUUAGGGAAAGUUGUGCCAACGGUGCCUGUGGGGAGGGUUGUGAUGCUAGUGACGGAGCUUGUGGUGAAGGUGACCCGGGCACAGAGCCGCUGAGUCCUCUCUCGCAGUGCGCCUCUUACGACAAGCUCAACCGUAUUUGUCCAGCCUUGGGA